UGUUAGCAAGCUUUGAGGUUAGUGAGGGUAGCCGCUUUGGUUUGACGAUUUUGUGCUUCAGUUUAGAAUAAGAUAACUUGUCGAUGUUUUUACUUGGGCACAAUUUUUGGCAACGCGUUCGCAGACAAGCAGGGGGCUCGUCUGUUUGUUGACACGUCGCUAAACUAGAUGGUCAUUCAUUUUUGAAGCUGCCUUGAGUUUGCUAGCUUGUUAGCUCGGUUAGCUAACUUGUUUACGCGUGCCGUCAGAGGGAAAGAAAACAUUCAGCUCUCAUGGCCGCCAGCUAUUGAAUUUAGCAGCGGUAAACUUGAGCGAGGAUCGACGUUCAAACUCGUGUGCAUCAUCCCAGUGUUUACUAAUAACUCGGGCUCUAUCAGUGAUUCCUCCUGGACCAGAGCUCAGCGUCUCAGAGACCAUGUCGGAGCUGUACAUCCGUGUAGCCGAGGAUGAAAACGAGGAGCCCAUGGAGAUCCCCUCGGAGGACGACGGGACUGUUUUGCUGUCGUCGGUAGCAGCACAGUUUCCAGGGGCGUGUGGUCUGCGGUACAGGAACCCGGAGUCCCAGUGCAUGAGGGGAGUCCGGCUUGUGGAAGGUGUCCUGCAUGCACCGGAGAACGACUGGGGAAAUCUGGUUUACGUCGUCAAUUAUCCCAAAGAUAACAAAAGGAAGAUGGAUGAAAUAGAUGCUGCCUCAGCUGUGAAAGUCAAGAGGGGCUUUCAGAAGACAUCAGAUCUCAUUGUCCUCGGGCUGCCAUGGAAAACAACGGAACAAGACCUGAAAGAUUAUUUCAGUACUUUUGGGGAGGUCAUCAUGGUGCAGGUCAAGAGAGACGCAAAAACUGGCAACUCAAAAGGUUUUGGGUUUGUCCGGUUCACUGACUAUGAGACGCAAACCAAAGUCAUUGCUCAGAGACACAUGAUUGAUGGAAGAUGGUGUGAUUGCAAACUUCCGAACUCAAAGGCGUGUCCUGAUGAGCCAAUGCGGAGCCGUAAAAUCUUUGUUGGCCGUUGUACAGAGGACAUGACAACUGAUGACCUGAGGCAGUACUUCAUGCAGUAUGGUGAAGUCACUGAUGUCUUCAUCCCCAAACCUUUCCGGGCUUUUGCAUUUGUCACAUUUGCAGAUGACCAGGUUGCCCAAGCCCUAUGUGGAGAGGACUUGAUCAUCAAGGGUGUCAGCGUGCACAUCUCCAAUGCAGAGCCCAAACACAAUAAUAGUAGGCAAAUGAUGGAUCGUGGGCGGUUUGGGGCUGGUGGGUUCAGUCAGGGCUAUGGCAGUAAUCGUGGUGGGCUAGGCAGUGGUAGCAGUGGGGUUAACUUUGGGGCUCUCGGUCUUAACCCGGCAAUGGUGGCUGCUGCCCAGGCAGCUCUGCAGAGCAGUUGGGGAAUGAUGGGCAUGCUGGCUAACCAGCAGGGUCUGACCACAACGGCAGGCACAGCCACUACAACCCGAGACCAGACGUAUAGCUCUGCCAGCACCAGUUACAGCAGCCCUAGCUCAGCUAGCCUCGGCUGGGCUGCAGGCACUAACACCGCCUCAAACAGUGGCUUCAGCUCUGGCUUUGGCACAUCUAUGGAGUCUAAGUCUUCUAGUUGGGGAAUGUAGAUAGUUUCAAGUUGACCCUUUUUUUGCUAUUAGGCUAAUCUGGUAAGUAUACCUAUAGAGGGGAACUGCUUAUAUCUUUUUUCCAAUUAUUUAAAAAUACACUGCCUUUUAUUUUGUUAAAGAGAAAAUUUGUACUUGCAUGUGACUGAUGAUGUAGUCAUGCACUGAAUGGGUGAAAAGUUUAGUUUGUUAGAUGAAACUGCCACACUACCUUUUUUGUUUUUGAGAAAAUGUCACAGAGAUGAUUGUGCAUGCGAGAUAAGUAUUUAUAAACAUGCACGAGUAUCUCAAGAGCUCCUCAGCCCCUUGUAAAAUGGGUUUGAUAUAAUUAUAUAUCUGUAAGUUGUAUAUGUGCAUUUGAUUGCAUCUUUUUGUUUGUUUUUGUUUGAUAUCUUUUGGAAACGCCUUCAUGAAAAUCUCUUCUGCAGUUCACCAACUCUUUCCCAAUUUCCCGGGAGGAAGCGCCUCAUUGGCAGCAAUGUUCGACAGAUCUCAGUAUCAGUUCCCCUCUUCCCAUGUGUA